AAGAGUUGGUAGACACGUGGAGCGCGGAGAACGGUGAUGUGAGUAACACAUCAGAGAACCAUCAUCAUUUACUGACAUACAUAAAAAUGCUGUGGAAAGACCGUGUUGUGAAGAAACUUGCAUGAUUUCCUUUUUCAGCAAUGAUUGCCAAGGCAGAAAAAUUGGACUUUGGCAAGGAAACAAGAGAGAAGAAGAAAAAGAAGAAAAAGGAGAAGGCAGUGGAGAAGGAUGCCUUGGAUGUGGAACCCCUUGUUAAAACAAAGCCAUCCCAGAAGAGUAUGGCACCCCCAGGCGUUCCAGAGAUGCCCUUGCUGAAAAAGAAGAAGAAAAAGAAGAAGAAAACUCAAGAAGCUGAGAGCCCAGGUAGAGCCCUCCAUGAGGGUAGCAUGGAGGCAGAGAGCAUGGGUAGAAGCAACUCUCUGAAGAAGCAUCAUAGCAGGAAGGAGCUGCUUCCAAAUCCACCAGAGUCCCCAUGUCAAGGGAAGAGAAAGAAGACAAAAUCAUCCCUCUCUCACCCCCGAGGAGCAGAGACAGUGGUAGAUGCGGAACUGGAAGGGGACCUUGUCAGAAAACCUAAAAAGCGGAAAAAGGAUAAAAAGUCAGAUCAGGAGAGCUUUGGGGAGCAGGAGCCCAAGGAGGCCCUUCCUGACCCCGUAAAGGAAGAGGAGGAGAAAGAAAAGGAGUGUGAGCCCAUAGAACAGGGACAGAGAGAGGAGAAGCAGGAUCUCAGCAGUCUCAGGGACUCUGGCACCAAGAAGAAGAAAAAAAAAAAGAAGAAGACUUACAGGGAAGAGGAGAAGGAAGACGAGGAGGACUGUAGAACUGACAAAAUGCCCAUUGAUGACGGCCACAUAGAGGACCCCAGUGCCUUCAGCAGCUGCAGAAAGAAAGGCCACAAAAAGAAGCAGCCCAGGAUCGUGGUAGAAAGUGUCCCCCUCGUAGAUAGCCCCGGGAACAUCAAAAAGAAAGAAAAAAAAUCAAAGACACAGAUAGAGCCACCAUUUGCUGAGGAACCUGCUCAGAAGAAGAAGAAGACAACAGUAGGUAGGAAAAUGAUACAAGACCCUCAAGGCCCAGGCAUGGCACAUGAAUCAGACUUGGAAGUGGUAUCUGAAAAAAAGGGAAACUUGGAUGAAGUCACCAUAGACACGGUUAGAAGAAAGGCCUUGCAAGAAGAGAUUGAUAGAGAAUCUGGGAAAACUGAAGCUCUCGAAACCAAAGUGGAAGCGCCUACACAGUUUGGCCAAUGGGAUACAGCUACUUUUGAAAAUUCAGACCAAAAGAUGAAAUUUCUCAGACUUAUGGGAGGCUUUAAGAAUUCUUCCCUAUCACUCAACAGUUCCCCAGGCACCGCUGGGAAACCAAACAUGGCUCUGAACAAGCAGGCUGCCGCCGCCUUACAACAAAAUCUACAAGUGGAGUUUGACAGAGCAAUGAGCUGGAAGCAUCAGCGUGGAGUUGGACUUGGCUAUUCAGCUUCUGCAAACAAAAACAAAUUAUUUUAUGUAGACAGAAAUGCAUCCAGAUCUGUAAAGUUUAAUGAUUAACGGGUGUCUUGUUCUCCCCCCUCAAAAUCACCAAAGUUGUUUUUAAGUUUUCUGUUACAUGAGCUAAAAGUUGAGCUUUUUUUUUUUCAAUAUUGAGCCUGGAGCUUCAGUUGGUUGGGAUUUCAAAGCCCCUUGAGAGGCUGGAGGAUAAACCUGCAUUAUAAAAGCCAGUAUAAUAUUUCAUUAUUAAAAACAUUUAUGCUUAGUGUUCAAAAUUAUUCUAGGCCACGGUAUGCUAAUAUCUUUUUAAAGUUGCUUUCCCCCCCUUCCUCUUGUUAAACUAAAUUUAUGGUCUGGGUCCUUUUAUAACUAGGAUUUGAUAAUGAUAGUAAUAAUGAAAUAAUAUUUGUUUGUUUUACCUGGGCACUAGAAGGUAGCUCUGGGAAAAUGAGCUAUUGUGAAAUGCCAUAGGAGAAUUAUAGCUAGAUUUUUACAUUAAAUGCCUCAGCAUUUCUAAAAUGAAUUUUUUUCUUUAAAUUUUGUUUUUCAAUUGACAGAAAUCUAAUUUGUCUCCCUCCCAUCUGCUCCUCGAAAAAACAAAACCCUCAUAACAAGUAAGCAUAAUAAAUUCCCAUGGUGGCUA